CGUUCUCUCUCUCUCCAAGUUUUUGCUUUCAAAACCCACUUGAAGAGAGCAUGUCUGCAGGAAUCAUCUCAGCUCCAGUUGGUGGAUCAAGCUAUGUUGGCUUGAAACCCAACUCAUCAAAGCUUUUCCCAGUCAAAGAUUCAGUUGCAUGGACCAGAAAAACUGUCGCUAAUGGCUCAAAAACCCACUGUAUGGAGACAUGGAAUCCUAUUGAUAACAAGAAGUUUGAGACAUUGUCGUAUCUCCAGCCUCUCUCCGAUGAAUCGAUCGCGAAGGAGAUCGAGUACAUGCUCAAAAAGGGAUGGGUGCCUUGCCUUGAAUUCGACCCGGUAAGAACUGCAACUAAAAGACAGAUGCAUAUUCCAUACAAGUGUUUUUUCCCCUAA